AUGUCGGCUGGGAAUGCGAGCGCGGGAGACUCUGUCGAAGCGGAGCCGCGGCCAAAGCGCCCAACGCCCAAGAUACAAACCGUGGUCAAUAUGCCGUACUUUACACCUGCGCAAAUUGAGCGGCUUUCGACGCGCGCGCGAGCCAACAAAAUGGCCGCAAACAAGUGGAUGCAGACCAAGAUGAGCGCGUGUGCGUAUAUCGAGGCUGUCGGUGCAAAAAUGGGAUUUCCUCAGCGCACGAUCGGUACAGCACAGCUUUUGUACCAACGAUUCCAUCUGUUCUAUCCGCCCAGCGACUUUGUACUGCACGAAGUUGCACUCGCUGCCCUCUUCACUGCGUCAAAACUGAACGAUACGCAAAAACGGAUCCAUGAUUUUCUUAUGACGAGCUACGCAUUCCGAUACCCCGAGCUACUGCAUGCGCCACCCAGUGAUACAGAGCACGACGCAGAAAACGGCACUUACGACUGGAUUGUGCAUGCCCAUGUAGCCGAGUCGGAUGUCGACGCAGAAAUGCUGGCGCAGGAGCGCGGCAGGCUGCUCGUGCUGGAGAGGCUUUUGCUGCAGUGUAUUUGUUUCCAGUUUAAUUUGCGUGCGCCGCAAAAUCUGCGGUACGUUGUCAAGGUUGCGCGGCGCUUUCAAAUGGCCAAGUCAGCGACUGCACUCGCUUGGCGCAUCGCGUGCGACAGUCACCGGACGUAUGCACCGCUUAUCUAUCCCCCCCAGACUGUUGCGCUGGGCUGUGUGUACACCGCGGUGUCACUGCUCCAUGCGUGUGGCGAAUUGGAAGCGUGUUUGGAACGGUUCACGCAAGUGUCUGGGUGGGACGACGCAUGGCAAGCAAAGCCAGAAGACGUCGAGGAUGUUGCGCACCAUGUGCUGGACUUGUACGUGGCCCAGCUGCCAAGUAUGACAGAGACACAGCCUUCAGGUCGUGCUGUGCCGCUGCAUGUAUCCUACCCCCCGCCGCUUGGUCUCUUGGCGUGGCGACGCAUGCUCACAGACAAUCCGGCGCAAAAGCUCGACAGCAAGCUUACGCAGAUCAAAAUCCGACUUCGGCAGGAUGCUCAGCAGCGCAAUGCAGCCAUGGCAGCGCCGGUGCGGACUUCCAACCGCGAAGACGUGCGCGGCGCGGAUGACGCACUGCCCGCUACAAUGUACACGCCAGAAAAGCCCGGUACGCAAACGGCCGCAACGCGGUACCUCUUGUACUAG